CAAAAAUUCAAAAGUGUAUAUUAAUUAUUGUAAACGCAUAAAAAACAUUAUAAUUUUUUAUUAUUUUUGAAAUACAUACAGUAUGUAAUAGUGUCUGUGUAUUGACACGAAUGAAAACCUGUAAUUUUCCUAAACAAAACACGAAAUGGAAACGUCACGGUUCUUGUGUUGUGUUGUGAUAAUUUAAAUUGUUUUUUCUCGCAAUAAUGGCUUGUUGCACAAUUUGCGGUGCCUAAUUCACUCAGAACUUUACCUCGAACUUGCAAUCGAGCAGUUUUUGUGUCUAAUGCGACCUCAAAAUGAAUUGGUUCGACACGUCAGGUCUUACGAGUUUGGCGAAAACUGCGCUGAAGGAGGCUCAAAAAACCAUCGAUAAAGCCUUGGACAUCCAAGAUGAGAGCGGAGAAGAAGAGGAGGUGACGUCUUCAGCAGAUGCUAAGACCAAAUCCUCACCAGGUAACACGCCCCAAAAAGACUCAUCGGAUUUCUUUGCUUCGUGGGGCUUAACUGUUAGCGCAGAGAGUGCCAAAGAUGAUAUAAGUGAAGAGCAGCUGGUGGUCACCGAAAGCCCUUCGAAAUCCUCAUCACAGAGCGUGUGGGGCUCGUUUGCUGGCUCGUUUUUCGAACAGCCUAAGGCCGGGGACUCGGCUAUCGUUCGUCCACCCAAAGCUAAGUCUAUGAACGUUAUUAAUGACGCCAAGUAUGGCAGUCAAGAUGAUUUGUUCUCUAAGAGUCAGCUUGUGAUGUCAGACAGUGAAGGCUUAGAGUAUGUAAAUGUUAAACCAACAAAGACGGACGAAAGACGAAGUUCUACUCGCUCACAGCAACUAUCUUUGGUGUCCAGUCGGAAUAGCUCAGAUUCAGUAGAAGUAUUAUCUCAGAGCCUGAAAACUACACCUGAUUCACCGUCAGUACAGUCUAUAUCGCAGUGCAGUAGCAUUGGUGCGAAAGUCAACUCAGAAUCUGUAGAAAUACUUCCAGAUAGCUUGGUUAGCCCUAGUUCAAUAGAAUGUCUAGGUUUCGACAGCUACAGUAGUCCAUCAUCAAAUCUUUCUCCUGACACAAGCGAUAAGAAAUCUACACCAGUAGAAGAGAAAACUGAACGAAUUGAAACAGCUGAUUCUGUCAGUUUAGUAGCUGAUGAUGAUGAAGAUACCAUGUCAUAUAAUUCCAUAUCAGAAUGUACUGCCCCUACUGUACUGGACACAGAUGAUAAAAGUGUUAGCCCGUUUCCAAAACCAGUACGAAGUGAACCUCAGAGAAAGGAUUUCAUACAUUUAGAGCAACCACUGUUGGUGCAGCGAAUGCAGAUUAGUGAAAACUCCUCCAAUGAUGGCUCCUGGUCAGACAGAACAUUAAAUGCAGACAAUGACAGUGUCAUUCUAGACAUUACAAUGGAAGAACAGAAGAAAGAAGAACCAGAAGAUAUUUUAAUAGAAAAACUUAGUGAUUCCUCAUCAUUUUAUAACGUAAAUAUGUCAUCAUCAGAAAUGAUAAGGUCGGAAAGCUCAGCAUUUGUAAAAGUGGAUCAACAGCAAUGUCAACCUACUGACAGUGGUGAAUCAUCACAGAAAGAUGGAAGUGUAAAGGAAAGAAUAUCACCAAUAAGUUCAGAUAGUAAGAGUGAUUUAGUCAAAAUUGGUUCCGAUCGUACUUCUGGGCAUACCUCAGGAGACGAAUUAGAAACAGCAACAUCAUCUGAUAUUGAAAUUAUACCAAGUCCAAAUGGCGACAACGGUCACAGUUAUUGCCGAAACAGUCCUGCUAAAUAUGCUUUCAAGCACACUAAAUUUGAUGGUACAACAUCUCCAAAUCUUGUUGAUCUUGUACUUGGAAAGUCAUUAGCUACAAAGAUCCGAGGCCAUAAUAGAGAAUUAUCUGAAGCAUCUGUACAGAGUAAUACAAGUGAUGAGAGUCAGGGCUCAGAAAAUGACAGACUCAUGAAGAGACUAUGUGAAAUGGCUGAGAUUCUUGAAGCUAGAGAGAACAGGCUUAUGGAAGUAAGUAGAGCAAAUGCAGAAUUAGCUGAACAUAAUGAAACCUUAAAGAAGCAGGUGGAGACAUUGCUUGCUAAACAUGAGGUUGGCGAUAUUAAUAUGAUUACUGAGGAUUAUACGCAGAGGAUGUCAGCUUUAGAGAAGAAAUUUCAACAAGCCAUUAGGGAGAAAGAUCAGUUACGAAAGCAACUCGAUGCAAUGAAAUCAGAAUCGACAUCACGUAAAAAUUCUUCGGAACUUGAAAAUGCACUCAAAGAAAAGGAUGAAGUGAUCGCCCAGCUACAGGAAGAAGGAGAGAAGCUGGCGCGGCAGCAAUUGCAGCAUUCUAACAUUAUAAAAAAGCUCAGGAUGAAGGAAAAGGAUAAUGAACAGGUUAUUAAGAGCUUAAGGGACAAGAUAACAGAGCAGGCAUCAGAGCUGGAUCGGAUAAAGAGAUCAAUGGCUGCCAAGGAGGAAUUGGAGGUCAACCAGAUUGAGGCAGUCUACCGACUGACCACAGCUAACAAGAAGAUGGAAAUGGAACUUAUUGAGACUAAAAGCGCCCUGGACGAUACAAGUCAGCGUCUCGAGAGCACGCGCACGUCUCUGGAAGCGGCGCGCAAGGAGCUGACGGAGCUGCAGCGGAGCGGCUCGGAGCUGCAGCGGCGCCGCGGCGCGCAGGCGCAGCUCGAGGCCGACAAGGAGCGGGCCGAGGCCGACUGCGAGAGGCUGAGGGCCGAGGUGCAGCAGCUGAGGGCGGAGCUGGUGCAAGAGGAGAAGCGCUGGGUGGCGCGGGCGGAGGCGCUGCGGCGCGAGCUGCUGGAGGCGCGCGAGCUGUGCUCGGCGCUGGAGGCGCGCGGCGCCGACGCGCAGGCCGACGCCAGCGCCGCCGCGCUGCUGCAGCAGCUGGCCGCGCUGCAGCGCGCCGCCUUGGAGCGCGACCGCGCGCACGCCGCCUCCACCAGGCUGCUGGCCGCGCAGCUGGGUGAGCUCUCUUCGGUGCCGUCGGCGUUGCCGGAUGUAACUCACGAAUUGGAAACCACAAAAUCGGAGUACGAGGCCCGUUUAGCCGAAUUGAAUGAAAAAUUGGACGAUGCGGAGCAGCAGCUGGCCCGCGAGAAAACCGCGCUCGACACCGAAAGGAAGAGAAGCGUUAUACUGCAGGUAGUUUUAAAGGGCUCAGGAAAGCUCGCUCGUCCGCAGGAGCAGCUGUCGGCGCGCGGAGACGCGUCGCCGCCGCAGUCGGUGGCGUCCGAGUCGCUGUCGGGCUCGCUGUGGGAGGAGGGGGGGGGCGGCGGGGGGGGGGGGGGGGGCAGCGCGCUGUGCGUGGAGGACGCGCUGGCGGCGCUGACGCGGCGCGACGGCGAGCUGCGCGCUGCGGCGCUGGAGGCGGCCGCGCUGCGCGCCGAGCGCGACGCGGCGCGGGCGCUGCUGGCCGCGGCCACGGCCGAGGCGGACGACCACCGCGCGCUGCAGGAGCAGUACGACGCGCUGCUGCAGAUGUACGGCGAGAAGGAGGAGCAGCUGGCCGAGCUGCGCCUGGACCUGCAGGACGUCACGCAGCUCUACAAGCAGCAGCUGGACGAGCUCAUCGCGCUCAAGCAGCGCGCGCCGCGAUAGCGCCGCGCCGGCCUCUGCGCCGCCCUCCGCCGCUCCGUCUCCGUCUCCGUCUCGCCGGGCGCCCGACGCUCUUCGCUGUGACGCGCGUUUCCUCCCGAAGCCGCUCCGGAUUGCUCGUCCAGUUGCACGUUGCGUGUACGAGGGUGUCCGUUCCCCUCGUACGUGCUUUUCCAAAAGGAACAACGGCUCCGUCUACGCCUGCAGUAGUCGAGUAACAGAAUUCGAAAAGUAGUUUUUGGGAGACAAACAAAUUUUAAUGUAGUGUAAAAACGGCACCGAAUAUAUCAAUAUUCCCGUUUGAUAUAAAACACUUCAUUACUUCCGACACAUUUUACUUUUCGAAUUAUGUCAUUUCAUUGUUGAACAUGUGAAUACGUCUGCCGCCGCAAAUUUAUAAAAACAGCCAGUUAACGACUAACAAACCGCCGUGCUGUAAUGACAAAAAGUAACUCUCGACCACCAGUCGCAUUUAUAUACCGCAUCGUGUCAGUGUCGGACUUCGCGUUAUUUCUCUCAUUAUUGCUAAAACACUUCAAAAGAGUUAAAAGCACGUUGAUUAUACCCCUCAAUAUUUAGUAGUAACCUGUGUACUAUUUUUCGAAUAAGUAAAUAAUGUUACAAGGUCUCCGCUAAAGGCGCCACUUGCCAUUCAAUACUCGAAAUGUUUAUUUUUGAAUAUUGGUCUCCCGAACUGAAAAGCUGAUAUUUAUAAAACGAACUUUCGCUUCGACUGUAAGAACGGCUAAAGAAGUUUUUCGUAUUUACAAAAUUUAACUUUACCUAAGUUUAAUCAAGCAAGAAAUUACGAAGUAAACACAAAGUUUAAUUUAAUUUCUUGCAUAAACUUAGGCCAAGUCCGUUUUGUAAACGCGAAUGCGAAUAACCAGUUUAACCGUUUUUUGCUUAAUUGAUGCAAAAGUUCGUUUUGUAAACCUCUUAAGUUUUAUCGACUGAAAUUAUAACAUUUUUCUUGAAAAAUUCAUUUGAUUACUAACGUAGCUAGUGUCGCGUGAAAUAACAUUACACUAUGAUCGUUAAUUAAGACACCAAUAUUAUUGUACGUGAGAUACUAUUCAUGCAUCUCGUAGAAUGUGUUAUUGUAAAAUAGUUGUUAUUACUUUUAUUUUAAUUUAGUAACGAAAAAAAAUGGUAGCAACGUCAUCCUGCUGUAUUUCGAUUUUAGUACAUCGAAACAUCGAUUUAAUAAGCUAUGUUAAUACUGUCGUCAGCUGAAAACAAAAAUACUGUUUUUCGCAGUACGAUCAUAUUAUGUCUUUGAUGGUGACCGUACAUUGCCGUCGGCCGUGACUGGUCACGAAAGAAUUUUUAUCAAUUGUAUGUCACGAACAUUUAUUUUUGUUAAUUCAAUUUGUUCUAGUUGUGUUAUAAUUGGUGGAUAUUAUAGGUAUUUGAAUUAGAGUUUGAAAAAGUAGCGAUAUCGGAGUCUCGUAAUCAGAAUAUAACAAAAAUCAUAGAAAUUUUGCCUCUAUGGUCCUAUCCGUACGGAGUGUCGACAUUUCCUUUUUCUUAUUACGCUUUUUUUGUAUGAUUGCUACCUUUCAAACUCCAAUUUAAAAAAUUGACUGUACAGAUGUUAUUAAAAGCUAAACCGCUUUAUAAAAAGGGUGUAAUAAUAUUAAGUAGUAAUAAUUGUUAUGUAAAUUUUUCAGCUUGGAUUAACACUAAGGGAGGCGUAUACCCAACGAUGGGUUAAGUAGGGCUGUGAAUGAUAAUGAUGAUAAGAAGCUAAAACUAUUUUACACUACCCGCUCCCCGUAAUAAAUGCACGGGCGCGGCAACGUCCAGCUCUUGUCGUUGGUGUAUCGUGCAAACACGAUUGUAAAACAUAACAGAGUUCUUAAAUAUUAAUUAAAAGUGCACCAUCCUGUCGCUGUUCAUAGCUAGUCAUAGCACACCUCUUUCAGUCGCUGUCCAGUCGAACCAUCAGUCAAGUUUAACUUAUGCGGUAGUCACAACGACGUCUGUGUUGAUGGCGGAUUAGGCGCAGGUUGUCAUAUUCGCAAAAUGGCCGAUAGUGAAAAAUCACAUUGCCGAAGAUGCGCAAACGCAGUCACGUUCUGACAUUAUGUAAAAAUAUGUGUAAUUUUAAAUAUGUAUAUUUUAAUUACGACAUAACGGUGUGUCGUUAUCUCCCGUUAUGAGGAUUGUUGAAUGUCUAGUGAUGAAAAUCUGUAAUUUUAAAGAAUUUUUGUUCCAGUGAAAUAGCCUAAUGUUAAAUUUAUUGUAUUAUGAGCUUGUAUUAGUAUUAAAACUGUGUAAAUUGAUAUUAUAUAAAUGAAAUUUGCGGUAGAUAGCUUCUGAUUUGGAAAAGUGAGUCAAAUUUAUGUAAAUAAGUUUUACAGUGCGUUGUUUAGUUCUACAAUGAAACACUGUAUGUUAUUUAUUACAUUCCUAUUAUAAAUAACUUCCCUGGUGUUCGUCGAUUUGCAUGCAAAGUAUUAUUUGCGCAUUUUCACUUAACCUCAAUUUAGUAACGGUUAAUAGACUUCAUGA